CAUCGAUCUCCUUUCCCCCUCGGUGGCUCUCGCCCUUCGCCCGCAUUCGCAGCACUUUUGGAAGCCCGCGUCGAGCGACGCGAAGGAGCGGAUACACGAUCUCGCCCUGCCUAUUUUCUUGUUUGGAGUUCGUCAAAAUUUGGGUAACAGGAGAUCCCUCCCGCUUCUAGUAUAUUGUAGGUCUCAAGACAACCUAUACGAAGCAGGGGAUGAAGAGAUCCGCAACGCUGGUUGCGAUAACCUAUCUCUUGGGUAGGACUACAAAUCCUAAUCCAAGUUUGAUCAGGGGGAGUAGCGGAUGCUAUCUCUAUUCUUCUCUUCGUGCAAUCUCUUCUGCGUCGAUCCCUCUUCCUCUUCGGAAUCAAUGGCCCUUUUCUCGAAAUCCAUCCAAUUCAUGGGCAUCGUCACCGUGGAUUCGGUUCGGAGGACAGAGGAGAAGCCUGUUUAUCCAAACACAGUCGACACCCAAUCCAUUGUCUCUCAUGUUUUACCCAGGACAACCAGUAAUGGAAGUUGGAAGUGCUGAUUUUCCCAAUGCUCGUACGGCUAUGACUUCGCCACUGGCUAAAUCUAUAUUUGAAAUUGAUGGAGUCUCAAGAGUUUUCUUCGGAUCAGAUUUUGUCACAGUAACAAAGUCAGAAGAAGCUUUGUGGGAUUUUCUGAAGCCCGAGAUUUUUGCAGCAAUAAUGGACUUCUAUUCAUCUGGAAAACCACUUUUGCUCGACUCAAAUGUUUCAGCUUAUAUGGACACAGCAAUCCAUGAGGACGAUUCAGAAAUUGUUGCAAUGAUCAAAGAAUUACUAGAAACACGAAUUCGACCUGCAGUGCAGGAUGAUGGUGGGGACAUCGAGGAUUCUGGGAUGGUCACGCUAAGAAUGCAAGGUGCCUGUAGCGGCUGCCCAAGCUCAUCUGUGACAUUGAAGUCUGGCAUCGAGAAUAUGCUUACGCAUUAUGUGCCGGAGGACGAGGCAGUUAAGAAUCUUGACGGAAACAGACGUUCCCAAAUAACAGUGACAUAUCACUUUGUAUUACUGUUAAUUUCUUAUACAUAAAAAGUUUGUCUGGUUUAUUUUUGUUCUCUUUUGAUCGACAGGUCAAAGGGGUUGACCAGGAGCUAGAUACGGAUGAGGGUGCUUCAUCAAGCGGUCAAACGCAAUAAAAUGUCACUGAAGAAGCCUAAUCAUCGAACCUCCCCCCGUAAAGAAUUAGUACCUGCUGUGAUUUCUCAACUCGCAACAUCAGUGGAGAAAUCUGGAGUUAUAGACCAUUUAACCUCUGUAUAUAUGUUUUGUAAGAGAGGAAAAAGAUAACCGUAAUGUUCGAUAGCGAAGCAUGUAACUAUCGAAAUGAGAUAUAUUUUUUUUUUCAUUUUUAUCCAUGGGCACAUUUCCACAUAAAUGUUGUCUUUUUUAUGUCA